AUGAGAAGAAGAUUUACAGUAAGCCAAGUUCUGGACUAUAUUUUUGGUGAAAAUGAUAGAGACGACAAUGAGCAGCGUAGUGAUGCAGAGGAGCAGGAUUCUGAGGAGGAAGACGAUGUGGAGUAUCAUCCAGAAGAUACUGACACAUCUGGUGAAUCUGACGAGGAGGUCACUGAAAAGCUUUCCCUGCUGGAGGGAGCUCUGAGGGAGAUCCGCCGCUACCAGAAGUCCACAGAGCUGCUGAUCCGCAAGCUGCCCUUCCAGCGGCUGGUGAGAGAAAUCGCUCAGGACUUCAAGACCGACCUGCGCUUCCAGAGCUCCGCCGUCAUGGCCCUGCAGGAGGCCAGCGAGGCUUACCUGGUGGGGCUGUUCGAGGACACUAAUCUGUGCGCCAUCCACGCCAAGAGGGUCACCAUCAUGCCCAAAGACAUCCAGCUGGCCCGCCGCAUCCGCGGGGAGAGAGCUUAG